AAGGCAAAGAAAAACCCAGAACCCUCCCUCCCCAGACCAGAACGCCACGACCAAUGGCUAGGCCGCCGCCGGAGGCGCCCGCGCCGGUGAGGCUCCGUCUGGUGUUCGAGAAUCGCCGCCUCCUCCGGCGUGCGGAGAGGGAUGAAGGCCUCGGGCGCUGCUGGCUCCUCCUCCGCCCGGAGCUCGCUACCGUCGCCGACCUCGCCGCCCACGUCGCCGCGCGCUUCCGCCUCCGUCGCUCCUGUCCGAGCGGUGUCACCCUCUCGAUGGAUGGGUUUGCCUUACCACCAUUCGAGUCAACCUGCAUCUUCAGGGACGAGGAUAUCAUAAGGGUUAAACAAAAAUCCUGCAAGAAGCUGUUAGGGCACAAUGAUGUGCACUCUAUUCAAGAUCCUGAGGUAUUAGAGAAGAGGGCACUUCCAGUUGAUGAUCAAAUCCUUGCCUUCCAGUAUCAAAAGGAUGACAGUAAGUACCAAGAAGAAGAGGAACAUGGUGAUUGCCAACCUGAAGAAAAUGCAACUGUUAGCCACAGCACAGAAAAUAAUGGUACAAGUUCGAAGAGGAAGUGGCAUGAUGACGUUGCAAGAGUACCUGAGAUAAAGAGAAAGAAGCUGAAGGUGACAAAUUCUGGAAAGCACAUAGAUGACGGCAAGGGGGAUAAUGUUCAUCAAUGCCAGGAUCAGAGUGGAUCUAAAAAGUUGAUGUCAUCAGCUCUUGAUAUUGAAACUAAGAAGACACUACAACCUGAAACUGCUCCCUUGGUGGAACAGCAAAAAACGGAGAGGAACAAUCAAACUGAGAUGAAACAUGAGACGAAGGUGGCAGACUGUAAUGCUCAAGGUGACACAAAAAAGUUGGAGAGUCGAAGUGCUCGUCGCAAGAAAAUCAAAAGGCAAAUGAGGCAGAAAGCGAAAUUGCAAACAGAAAAGAAUGUGCAUGAGGAUUCACCAAUAGCUGCUGAUUGUCCAUCAUCAAGCAAUCAAGAUGGCUUGCCUGGCCCAUCAAGCAAUCAAAACGGAUCACCUGCUCCUUUUUCAAGCUACAAAACAGAUGAGGAAGAAUCUGAUACAUCAGAAGAUGAGAUUGUUCCAGUUGUGGUUCGGCCCGGUCACAUUCGCUUUGAACCAGCAGGUGGACAACCUGACAAGUCACCAGCAAAGGAAAUGCAGGGCACUUUCGAAUGGAGUGGAACAAUGAGCAAAAAGAAGGGCCAGAAGUGGGGAAUGAAUAGCUCAAACAAGAAAGUUGCAAACAGCAUGGAAGCUAACCAUCAUUUCAUGGACAGUAAGAUUAUUGAAAAUGGUUUUUGUGCUGUCAGUAAUCAAAAGGAUGAUGAAAGCAAUAAUAUUGACAUGUCAAGUGUGAAGAUUAUUGAAGAAAAGUUUAAUGGUGAACCUUUGGAUUUUGAGAGAUUGUACCCCCUAACGCGACUUCCAAAGGAGGGAGAUCUCAUCGCAUAUCGAUUGGUUGAGCUGUCUUCCUCAUUGUGUCCGGAGCUGUCUUCUUACCGUGUCGGAAAAGUUCUGAUAUAUGAUCCCAUGUCACUGCGUAUCAUUCUCUUACCUGUCCCUGAGUAUCCGAUCAUCACUGAGGAAAACAAACCUGAGGAUGAGUCUGAUAUGUUUGUGGACUUGUCACCUUACAAGGAAGAUGGCUCCUUGGAGAUCGAGUACUCAUCACUUCUUGAUGUAAGGCUACUGAAGGGUAUUGAGUCGGUACCAGGGGCUGUCAGGACUCCCUCUGCAGAAACAUGCGAAGAAGGUGGAUCAAUGGCUGGAAAGACAGUUACCUUAGAAAAUAAUGAAGGUCACAUUGACUGUCAGAAACCAGGCACAGUGCCAAACAACACUAAAGAUCAAGAAGCCACACUAGAAAAGAUGAAGAAUACAAUCUGGGAAGAAAAUAUCGAGCCCUCCAAUGACAAGACUGGUGUUCAGGAGAAUGGUUGGGGAACUUGGAAACGAAAUCCUAGUACGUCUGCUUGGUCUUAUAGGGCGCUCAGGAGCAGCGCCCUCGGCCCCACGAUGGAAAUGUUGAGGGGCAAAAACAACCAGAGGGGUAAACCACCCAAUCGAAGGAAUGGGAAGUGAUACCCGCAGGUACCCAAGUUCAUUUCUAUGUAACUGCGGGCUGAUCCGUUCUUUUGGAGAAAGAUCGAAAGCAAGUUGAAGCUUCAUGUUUUGUAUGUAAAGUUUGGCAGUGGAAGAUUUACUAUGGUACUGCUGUUGGGGCCUAUUUGAAACCGGAACUAAUCCUGAUCGUUAGCAAGGGAUGGAUGCGAUUGGCAGAGCGCUUGCUAUUCA